AUCAGAAUCAAGCCUCUGCAGGCAUUUUGGUGUUCCGAGAGAGAAGCAAUGGCGGGUAAGGACGUUAAGCUUCUGGGUGCAUGGCCGAGCCCUUUUGUGAUUAGAGCAAGAAUUGCCCUUAACAUCAAAUCAGUGGAUUACGAGUUUAUCCAGGAGAAGCCAGGGGCAAAAAGCGAGCUUCUUCUCAAAUCAAACCCUGUCCACAAGAAAAUCCCAGUUCUCAUCCAUGGUGAUAGACCCAUCUGUGAGUCUCUCAUCAUCGUUCAUUACAUCGAUGAGGUUUGGUCCCAUGGUCCCUCUAUUCUUCCCUCUGAUCCAUACGACCGUGCCAUUGCUCGAUUUUGGGCUGCUUACAUUGACGAGAAGUGGUUUCCGUUGAUGAAAGCUAUUCGCACCGCGGAUGCAGAUGGCAAGAAGGCAGCGAUAGCACAGAUGGAAGAAGGGAUGGCAGUGUUGGAGGAGGCAUUUACAAAGAUUAGCAAAGGGAAGGCUUUCUUCGGAGGGGAUCGAAUUGGGUUCCUUGACAUAGCAUUUGGUUGCUUCUUGGCGUGGCUGAGGGUCACUGAGAAAUCUAAUGGGGUUAAGCUGCUUGAUGAAUCCAAGACUCCUGCUCUGCUCAAGUGGUCUGAGAGGUUUUGCUCUGACGCUGCCGUGAAAGGCAUUAUUCCUGAGACUGAAAAGCUUGCUGAGUUUGCCAAGAAUCUCUUCAAGCCAAAAUGAAUGGUGUUCCUUUUUCUAAUUGAUGAAUUUGAGAUAUCACUAAACAAUCGUAAUGUAGUUAGGAGUCUACGCAUGCUUAGUAUUGUUAACAAGUAACGUUACUUGUGCAACCUCUUUAGACUGGACUUUGUUUAGAAAUGAAAAUAUGUUUGGUGA